UGUUUCUUAGAAUAAUAAGACAUAGAAACCAAGUCCGCGCGUCAAUUUUGAAGCACCUUAAUUGGAGCCAUAAAUGGCUCCAAACGCCGGGCCGCUCCGUAGUGUUCAAUGUCAACGCACGGCGAACGUGUCUCGCGAAAAAAAAUUUAUUAUGACGAUUUGUGCAGUUAAAUUGUGUCACAACACAUCUGAAAAACAAAAGAAAUGUAAUAACAUCACUUUUCACAGGAUUCCCAUCGACCCUGUUAUUGCUGACAAGUGGGUGAAAAAUAUAAGGCUUAGUCGUGGAGAAGUAUAUUGGAAGCCAACCAAAAAUACACGAAUAUGUUCAAAACAUUUUAAGAAUGAAGAUAAGUACAUAACACAGGGUGGAUCGUGUAGGUUGCGUCGAAAUGCUGUCCCUGUUAAGGAUUUACAUAUUUCAUGCACAGGCACAGAUGAUCAAUUGGAUGAAGAUCUUUUUCUUAAUAUGAAGACUAUUCGAUUAGAAAUAAUUGUUGAUUUGAUUGGUUUACUUUAGUUACACAGUAUACAAAUUCAUAAUUGUAUACAAUAAUUAAAAUAUAUAUAUUUUUACGUGUU